ACUAGUUCUUUUUGGAAGUAGUAUAUAUUCUCAAGUUUGGGUGAUCAGAAUUAUUCUAUAUUAUUCCUUAUUCUACACAGAACGGUUAUUUUGUUACUACCACCAACCUUUAUUUCAUUAUAUACUACAAUUUUGAUAAAUAUAUAACACAAUAAUAAGUAAAAGAAACCAUGGAUAACAAGAACAAAAAGAAAAUUUGGACCUACGAUGAACGCUUGGAGCUUGCUACUAAAUUGGACGGGCAAUUGGAUGAUUUUAUAAGUCAAUUAGAAAAGAGAACUUUUAAAGAUGGAUACACUGAAGAGAGUAUGCUAGAAGAAUUAGAAAAUCAUCCAUUUUUUAUGAAGAAAGCUCCAGAACCUGGACAGCCACUAUCUCCUCUUGUGGAAGGAUUACAGCAACUUAAAUAUUCAUCGGAAGAAAAUACUCCUGAACAAUUAGCUAAAAGUUAUAAAGACGAUGGAAACUUCAAUUUCAAUAAUGGACAAUAUCGUAUGUCUAUUAUAAGUUAUACAGAAGGUAUCAGAACCAAAUGCAAAGACCAAGAAUUAUUGGCACAACUUUACAAUAAUAGAGCUACUGCACAUUAUAUGCUUCAAAAUUAUCGGUGUAGUUUAAAUGACAGUAAACAAGCAAUAAAAUUGAAAUCAGAUUACGCUAAAUCCUUGGAAAGAGCCGCUAGAUGUUGUUUCAGGGUAAAAGACUUUGAACAGUGUAACGAGUUAUGCGAUAAAAUCCUACGUAUCUUCCCAGAAGAGAGAGCUAUAUUGGAUUUAAAAAGACAGAUCAUAUUGUGUGAUAAAACCUCAUACCGUGACCAAAGGAAACAGAAAAAAGAAGCAGCAAAACUUUCUAAAGAAGAAGAAGAAUUGUUAUCUACCAUCAAAAGUAGAGGCAUUAAAUUAGAAUUGCUUGAUGGUGACAAAAUUCCAAACUUGAAAGAUUUGGAAUCGAAGAUACCAGAAUUGAUGCAAAGUAAAGUACACUUAGAUGGUAAUAACAAGCUUGUAUGGCCAGUAAUAUUUUUAUAUCCUGAAUUCCAAGAAACUGAUUUUGUACAAAAUUUUCACGAGGAUAUUACUAUAAAAGAACAAUUAGAAGAAUUAUAUUUUUCCCCACCACCAUGGGAUAUUCAACAUCAGUAUAACCCUGAUACCGUAGCAAUAUAUUUCGAAGGAAAAGAUAAAAUUUCUCUACAUAAAGUGGACAUUUCAGAAACGCUUGGAAAGAUAUUAACGGAUGAACAAUUUUUGGUUCGUGGUGGAACACCAGCAUUCCUGAUAUUUGUAAAAGACAGUAAAGCCGAAGCUCGUUAUUUGAGAACCUAUCACAAAGAAUAGAGAGAACGUUAAAGUAAAUAAACUGGGUUUUAUUUUUUGCAAA